AUGGUUGAAGAUCGCCUCUUCCACCAUGAGUGCCCCCAUACUUCUUCAAGUUCAGACUGUGAUCGAUGUGACAUAUCUCAGCUUAUAGUCAGGACGGUUCGUCAACACACCCGGCCCGUAAUCCACUAUGGCCGCGUUGCGUCAGGGAACCAAGUCAUCAAAGAUGCACUUACUCGAGACAAAUUAUCGAAAGAGAUUACCAACAUUUGCUUUGAGAUGGAGGCAGCAGGCGUAAUGGAUACCUUUCCUUGCCUUGUGAUCCGUGGUAUUUGCGAUUACUCAGAUUCUCAUAAAAACAAGGGAUGGCAGGAGUACGCAGCUUUGGUAGCCGCAGCGUAUGCCAAAGAACUUCUGAUUUCGAUGCCCCCUACACUGUCGCAGUCGCGGAAGCGAGCGAGAGUUCAAGAAUACAAAGUCUCAGAGCUUAUCAGUCCCGACGCAGAUGAAUGUCUGCAAGCAAUGUUUGUCACAGAUUCUUCACUGGACCGCGAGAGCAUUCUCGACGCAAAGGGCGAUAUCUGUGAGGGUACUUGUAAAUGGAUUCUAACGACAGAUAAAUUCCAGCGUUGGGACCAGAAUCCUCCUCAUCUGCUCUGGAUAUCUGCACCACCUGGCAUGGGCAAAACAUUCAUGUCUAUUUAUCUCUCAAAACACCUUGAGGCUAUUUCCAAGAAAGAAUCGGGCGUUGUCACUAUUUUCUUCUUCUGCGAUAAUAAGGAUGAAUCGAGAAACACGGCAGUUGGCAUUCUCAGAAGCCUCAUGUACCAACUCAUUUCACACCAACCAAGCCUUAUCAACACAAUUAUACCGCAGUGGAAACAACAAAAACAACGUCUAUUUCAAGAGACCUCAUUUACUAGUCUAUGGAAGCUCUUUGAAGACAUUAUUGUCAAGUCAGAGUACAAGACUAUAUACUGCGUUAUCGAUGCCCUGGACGAAUGCGAAGCCAAGUCUCUGUCACUACUGCUCCGAAAGUUUGAGAGACUUAGUCAGGGACACUUAGACUCAUCUCCCAAACUAAGGCUCGUAUGCCUCAGCAGGAGAUAUCCAGAGAACAUACCUGAAGCUCUUUUGCUGUUUUCAAAGAUGGAAUUAGAUACCAUGGAUGCUAGAAACGAGGAUAUUAAUCAGUUCAUCUCUUUUCAAGUCCAGGGACUCGCUCAAAAGAAGGGACUCAGCGGUGAGAUGUGGUCUAGCUUGAAAGAUACUUUCCAAAAGAAAUCCGAGGGGACUUUUCUCUGGGUCAGCUUCAUGGUUCAAGAUUUGCAGAAACAGAGAUUGCUUGAUUUUGAGGCAUCUCUCGAAAUGCUACCAGUUGGAUUGGAUGCAGUUUACGAGCGGAUUCUGCGAAGCAUCGACUUUGAAAACCGGGGAAUGGUUCGUGGCAUUCUCUAUUGGAUCCUCGUCGCUAAGAGCCCUUUAACAAUACCCCAGCUGUGCGAGGCAGUCGAUAUAGGACCUCAGGGGUUCUUGACGCGCGAAAAUGUGUGCAUGGAGCUAGUCAGGUCUUGUGGGCAUUUACUCCAGAUAAGAAACAACCGCAAACGAUCCUACACGAUACAGACCGUGACAUUUCUCCACCAAAGUGCAAGGGAUUACCUCAUGGAAUCCGAUCGGAUGCUCGAUUUACAUACACCAGGAUUUGCCAUUCCCCAACUGCACGAGCACGCCACAAUUUUUUUGAUAAGAUACCUCGAAAAGAUCAGUGGCCACCCUGGGAUUGAAAGUAAAUCAAUCGAUGACAUAGAAAAGGAUUAUCCAAUGGCCUAUUAUGCUGUGGAAAAGUGGUUUCACCACUUCGACACACUACAAGACAUUACUCAAGUCAUGCAGCAAGGCGCGGGGUUCUUUCAAGGAGAUUCAAAAGCCAGGCAAGUGUGGCAAAAUCUCUACGAUUUCGACGAUGACUAUGAAGAUCCUUUCCCUAUACCCUUGUUACAUUUGUCCGCCCGUUUAUCUCUAAGCGAAUUGACCAAGUGGUGUUUGAGAAGUGAUGGAGAACUUGAUCUCGAUGCUGAAUGGGGUGUUUUCCAAUAUACGGCGCUUACCGAUGCUUGCGAACAGCAGGAAGAGCACAUCAUAACUUUACUCCUUGAUGCAGGCGCCAAUGCCAUCGCCGCCCGUGGUUGUCACACCAAUGCUCUUGAAGUGGCUUUAUCCUACUGCGGCAGACAUGUCUUGCAAAUCAUGGCACAAUCAGAACCCUGCAAGGAGUUUCUACUCGACAAGGCUUCUAAAGAAGACGGCAGCUUACUCGAAUUUGCUGCCUUGAAUGGGACUGAGGAUGCGUGCCGCUUCUUAAUAGAGGAUCUUGGAUGGGAUCUCACCUGGCAAAACGGGAAAUUUGGCCAGUUGGCCCUGGAUUCUGCCUUAGAAUUUGGGAAUUUCAAUCUUGUCAGCUGUCUUGUCACAGAGUGGAAUGUUCCCAUUGGAGACCACUCCGAUAAACUCAAAGCGGCUUGCUCCCUUGGUACACCUGCACAUGAGUUCGAGCAAUGUAUACGAUUCCUAGUAGAUCAUUGCUUCGUUAACAUCAAUGCCACAGACGAGGAAGGCCACAAUGCUUUAUGUGCCAUGUUCCGAACAUGGGAUCCUUCGACGCUUUCCAGGACAAAAAUAUUAUUACAAUUAGGCUGUAGACCUGACCAGCCUGAUAGGCUCGGUCUAACACCUAUGCAUUGCCUUGUAAUAAAAAACUCUUAUUCUGAGGUACCAGACUUGUUAGAAAUCAUGGAACUUUUAGUCGGUAUGAGUCGACACGGUCUCAACCAAGUGUGCUUAAAGGGACAGACAGUAUUGCACUACCUCAUCCUAGGUUUACCAGACUUACUGGUGCAGUCACUUAGAAUUGCAGCUGGGCCUUCCCCUUCUUUGCUGCUAGUGGCAGUAAUUAGCUUUCUGAACUGGGGUGUUGACCGACAUAUUCGAAAUAGUAACGGGUAUACUAGCCUGGAUAUUUUGCGUUUCAUUCAGGCCACUAUUGACCAUGAAUGGAAAGGAGAAUCUCAUUGGGAGGAACUUACGAAGUAUAUGAAUGAAACGAUUGUAGUACUUGAGAGAUACUCUACUGUUCCUAGACAUUAG